AUGGGGUCCACACUGCAACGGCCCAAGAACUCGAAGGGGCAACCAUACAGCGAGGACAGCAGAGCUUGGGUACGACUGCCUGCCCUGUUUCUGCGCUUGACGUGGGAGACGUUGAGUAGCAAUUACGUGAACGUACUGCUGGUCUUCGUACCGGUCGGUAUUGUGUUGGGCGCAUUGGAGAUGAAUCCGACCGCUGUGUUUAUCGUGAACUUUCUGGCCAUUGUGCCGUUGGCGGCGCUGUUGAGCUUUGCAACGGAGGAGCUUAGUGUUAAGCUUGGGCAGACGAUCGGAGGGUUGAUGAACGCUACGUUUGGCAAUGCUGUUGAGCUGAUUGUCUCGAUCGUCGCUUUGACGAAAGGCGAAAUCCGCAUCGUCCAAUCCAGCAUGCUUGGGUCCAUCCUCUCCAACAUCCUGCUCGUGCUAGGCUGCUGCUUCAUCGCCUCCGGCGCGCGCCGCCUCGAAAGCACCUUCAACGCCACCGUCGCCAGCACCAUGUCCUCACUCAUGGCCGUCGCAGCGACCUCGCUUAUCAUCCCCGCCACGCUCUACGCAAGCUUACUCCGAAGCGACGCGGACGCCGAGAAGAACAUCCUCAUCCUAUCCCGCGGCACAGCCAUCAUCCUACUAAUCCUCUACUGUCUGUACCUCUACUUCCAGCUCCGCUCGCACACGAAGUACUUCGAUACCGAGGCGCAGGAAGACGGCGGCGAUGGCGAGGGCAGUGGCGAGCAGAAGGAACCGGAAGUCCUCGGCCCGGUCGCUGCGUCAGUCUGCCUGGUGAUCGUAACGCUCUUAGUCGCCGUCUGCGCCGAAUACCUCGUCGGAAGCAUCGACUCCAUCGUGCAAACUUCAGGAAUCAGCAAGACCUUCAUCGGUCUCAUCCUCCUCCCCAUCGUCGGCAACGCCGCCGAGCACGUCACCGCUUGUGUGGUCGCGUACAAGGACAAGAUGGAUCUAGCCAUUGGCGUCGCGAUCGGAUCGUCCAUGCAAAUCGCCCUGUUCGUCACGCCUUUCCUGGUCAUCCUCGGCUGGAUCAUCGGGCAGGAGAUGACGUUGCAUUUCCAGGGCUUUGAGACGGUGGUGUUCUUCUUGAGUAUAUUGGUCGUCAAUUACCUGAUUCAGGACGGCAAGAGCAAUUACUUGGAGGGCGCGAUGUGCCUGGGCACUUAUAUUAUCAUCGCCAUUGCUUUCUAUGUGUACCCGGACGAUGCGGGAGAUAUUGGAAGUAUGGUGAGCAACUUCUUCGGGCGAUGA